GUGUCCCAGUCGGGUGGGGGUCCCUGGCUUUGAGCAGGACCUCAUCUUCCCUUCUCAUUUCUCCGCAGGUGCCGGCGAGUCUGGGAAGAGCACCAUUGUCAAACAGAUGAAGAUCAUCCACGAGGAUGGCUACUCAGAGGAGGAGUGCCGGCAGUACAAAGCUGUGGUCUACAGCAACACCAUCCAGUCCAUCAUGGCCAUCAUCAAGGCCAUGGGGAACCUGCAGAUUGACUUUGGAGACUCCUCCAGAGCGGAUGAUGCUCGGCAGCUGUUUGCGCUCUCCUGCACCGCUGAGGAGCAGGGCAUCAUGCCGGAGGACUUGGCCAAUGUCAUCCGGAGGCUGUGGGCUGACAACGGGGUCCAGGCCUGUUUCAACCGCUCCAGAGAGUACCAGCUGAACGACUCUGCUGCCUACUACCUGAACGACCUGGAGAGGAUAGCCCGUGCUGAUUACAUCCCCACCCAGCAGGAUGUGCUGCGCACCAGGGUGAAGACCACUGGCAUUGUAGAGACCCACUUCACCUUCAAGGACCUGCACUUCAAGAUGUUCGACGUGGGUGGCCAGCGCUCGGAGCGGAAGAAGUGGAUCCACUGCUUCGAGGGGGUGACUGCUAUCAUUUUCUGCGUGGCCCUGAGCGCCUAUGACCUGGUCCUGGCUGAAGAUGAGGAGAUGAACCGGAUGCACGAGAGCAUGAAGCUGUUUGACAGCAUCUGCAAUAACAAGUGGUUCACAGACACGUCCAUCAUCCUUUUCCUCAACAAGAAGGACCUCUUUGAGGAGAAGAUCGUGCACAGCUCCCUCACCAUCUGCUUCCCCGAGUACACAGGGGCCAACAAGUAUGACGAGGCAGCCAGCUACAUCCAGAGCAAGUUUGAGGACCUGAACAAGCGGAAGGACACCAAGGAGAUCUACACCCACUUCACCUGCGCCACCGACACCAAGAACGUGCAGUUCGUCUUUGACGCCGUCACCGACGUCAUCAUCAAAAACAACCUGAAGGACUGUGGGCUCUUCUGAGUGUGGCGCUGCCCAGGACCCCCAAAGGAAGGACCACGCCACCCCCCACUCCUGCUUCUCUUUGGAUUCAUCCCUCCGUCCCCACCCCAUAAAGAGACUUUUUGGGUGCCAGCACGGUGGCAGGGCUCAUGUCCCUCCUGCCACCCGUGCUUGCCCCCCACCAUUGUCCUCCUCCUCCUCCUCGCCGGCGUCGCCCUUCCCAGGGAAGACAAGGUUUUAAUCUUGGUUUGUAACCCCUGAACCGCUCCAGCCCCCACUUCAUUCACUCUGAGCCCUGGUGCUCUUCUCACUGUUUACAUUGCAAGUGUUGCUGGCAUGGGGGGCACAGGGUCCCCUCGGGGAUGCCCACCUGGCCACAAACACGACCGAUGACAUUCCUUUUAGUAAACCAGAAAAGAAAGAAGAAGAAGAAAAAAAAAAAAAAAAAGGAAAAGAAAAAACAACCCAAAC